AGCUGUCAUCAGUUAGAAAAGGUUGCUGUUGCUUCUUUUUAAUGUUAAUAUUUUUAACUGUGGAAAGUCAAUCAAUAAUUUGUUUUAUUUCACUUUGAACUCUUAAUACUUUCUAACUUGAGUAUAAUUUCAAUUAAUAUAAAAGGUAUGUAAUUAAUACAAUACAAAGAUGUGAAAAACUGAUGUAAAAUGGGGACUAACAUGGGACACGCUAAAUAAGAUUUUUUCGCAUUGACAUGACUUCAAGUUAAGCAAUUACUCAAAAGUCAAGAAAUUAAAGAAUAAAUUAUUAAUGUUGAGUUGACUGUGGCCUAGAAUUCAUCAUGAUGCAGCUAGCAGCUUGGUAUCAGAAAAAGAUAAGUUCCUAUGAUAAGGAAGAAUGGGAGACAAUGGUGGAACAGUUGCUCAUGCGAGGCAAAUAUCGCAGGCGGAUUGUAGAUUCAUUUUCAACAGAUGCACGCUCAUAUCUUAUAGAUGUGGAUUUAGUUAGAGGCUCAUCAUUCCCAAAAGCAAAGCCCACUCUUGGUAUGCGGCGUGUGGUAUGGUUUGCGUUGAUGCGACUCAUAUUCCUCCCGGCGCUAUACAAAUGGUGGGCUCAGCAGACGUCGCCCGCUUGCACCAAUUUCUUACUCGGCCUAUGGAUAUUACAAGUGCUAAAUAUGACACUUUAUUUUAUGGCACCAGCUGACAUAGAAAUGGAUCGUAAUUGUUGGCUUCUGCCGUUAGGUUUGAUGAUUGUGUUGAGUGUUGUACACUCGCAAAUUGUUAGCACAACUGAAAUGGAGUUAGCUCGUGUACGCCCAAGGUCAACUUAUCGACGGAAAUUGCCCCGAUAUUUUCGGAGAUCAAGAUCAGAAUGUGAUGGGGGCAGCGGAGGUGGGUCAGCUGAAAGCGGGGCAACUUCGAGUCAAAGCAAAACUCCUACCAAUAAACAUACUAAAUUCAGAAGGCGGCUAUCGAGAUCCGAUAUCACUGAUAGUGGUUUAAGGAAGCGUAAAAAGGAAUUAACCAAAGAAAAUUUAAUGAAAGAGCAAGAGAUUCCAGCCAAGAGUAAAUUUAAGGAGAAGAAUAAAGCCAAAGACUCGGAUGACGAAGAUUACAUGCCGUGGCAGAAGCCAGAUUUGAACGAGCCAAUUGUUACAUUAACCCCACCACCAGAUACGGCCAGUUCUAGUGCGCCAUUUAGAUACAAACCUAACAUACUGACUAAGAAGUACUUGGAUAGUUAUAACGUUCGACCUAACAUACAAAAUAACAGCGGUAGACCGAUAUUCGCUGACGGAGAUGACGGCUUCGAAAGUCUCAAUGGAUAUAACUCGAAUGGCAGUGACGCCGAAAACAAAGGAAAAACACAAUCAGAAAGUACUCUUAAAGAAAAAGUGGAAGCAGAACCGCCUUUAAUAAAUGACAGUGAUCCAUUAAAUGAAGUAUUUGAUGGAGAUGCAAACGUUAAAGAAUCAGAUGACGUAAGAAAAGUAAAAAAAGAAGAAGACGAGAAAUCUAUUGAUCCGGACUCCGAUGGAGGAAUCCUCAGAAGUCCCAGUGCUAUUGGAAAAAGAAUCGGCGUAAGAUUUAGAAAUUCUUGGGAACAAGAAACGACGCAGCCGGAGUCUAGUGAAGAUGAUUUUACGAAGAGAAAAAAUAAGAAACUGGACAAUUACCAGUCUUCGUCUUCUGAUGGAGAAUGUUCGGCGUCCGCGCCAUCCAUAGCACUGCCUUCGCACCACACCAUGUCAGAUUGGGUUGGGCAAAUAACUAACAGUGAAGAGAGCAGUUACUGUUCACAAUCGGAAGGGGGUCACUCCGACGUCGGAUUUCCUUACACAGCGGACAGUUCUUGGGACCCCUUCACCAUUUUAGAUACUACUAGUGAUACAGUGAAGUGCACGAUGUGGGAGCGCGGGUGGACGCUGCGCGCGGAGCUGUCCGCGGUGGACAUCAGCUGGUGCGUGGUGGCGCGGGCGGAGCGCGCUAUGGCGGCACACGGCGCGCUCUGGCCCGCGCUGCUCAUGGCCGCCCUGCUCGCGCUCGUCGCUCCCGCCGCCAGGCUGCUGCAGGUGGCAAUAGAGCAGGACACUCGCGGUGAGGAGGAGCUGCAGGCGCUGUCGCUGCUGUCCUACAUUCCCUCGCUGUUCCACAACCGCGCCGACUGGCCGCGCUCGCUCUUCAGCGGCGCCUUCGGUGACACCGCCUGGGAAGUGUCAACGAGCAUGAUAUCGUGCAUACUUCGUUUCUCGCUGAGCGCGCUGGUGUUCUUCUUGCUGGCGGUGGCGGAGCGCGCGCUGAAGCAGCGCUUCCUCUACGCCAAGUUGUUCUCUCACCUCACAUCUGCGCGGCGCGCGCGCAAGUCGGAGCUGCCUCACUUCAGGCUCAACACUGUCAGGAACAUCAAGACAUGGCUCUCCACCAGGUCUUACUUACGGCGUCGCGGUCCGCAGAGAUCGGUGGACGUGAUUGUGUCAUCUGCCUUCAUGCUCACUCUCAUACUGCUCGCCUGUGUCAGUGCGCAGCUGCUCAGGGAUUCAGUAACACUGGAGUGCGGUUGGCUACUGGAGGCGAUGGUGUGGAGCUGCGGUCUGGGCAUCCACUUGCUGCGACUGCUGACGCUGGGCGGUAAUGUGAACCGCAAGUACCGCGGCUGCCUCUCCGCCAUCCUCACUGAACAGAUCAACUUGCACCUCGCGAUGGAGCAGCGACCUGACAGCAAGGAGCAGCUGACCGUCGCCAAUAAUGUCUUGAAACUCGCCGCUGAUUUGUUAAAGGAAUUAGACGCCCCUUUUAAGAUAUCAGGUAUCUGCGCCAACCAUUACCUGUACACCAUCAUCAAGGUGGUCAUCCUGUCGGCGCUGUCCGGCGUGCUCUCUGAAAUGCUCGGUUUCAAACUUAAACUGCACAAGAUUAAAAUAAAAUAAAACUUACUUAAAAAAAAAAUCAAAUUCAUAGACAAA